AUGCACUCCUUCUCCGUGUUUCUUUCUGCUCUGACUGCGGUCAUCGGUGCAUCCGCGACGCAAUAUGUUAUUACCGUUGGCGGCAACACCACCACGAACUCCAGUCUGGUUUUCCAACCGCAGGAAGUGCACGCCGCGCUCGGCGAUAGCGUCGUCUUCAACUUCACGCUCGGUAACCACUCCGCGACGCAGUCCACCUUCGCAGCGCCCUGCGUGCUCGCGUUCGAGACGAACAGCAGCAUCAACGGCUUCAACUCGGAGUUCCGCGACGCAGGCAACGGUACUGCCAUCACCAUCCUCAACGUCACCAUCGACGAGACGAACGUGAACACACCUCUGUGGUUCUUCGACUACAACACGUGCGCCAAGGGCGGUGUUGGCGUUAUCAACGCCAACGACUCCUCCACUCAGACUCUCCUGGGCUUCGAGCGUAAUGCGAUCCGCCUGAAUGGCACGAACAGCUCGAGCACCUCAAGCGCGUACCCGAGCUCGACUGCCCCUUCGUCAACGUCCGCGUCCUCCUCGUCCUCGACUGCGACAAGCUCUUCAGCUGCGGAUCGCAAUGUCGUGAUCGGCGGGCUGUCUGCGAUUCCUCUCGCCUUUGCGGCUCUUCUCCUCAACUUCUAG